UCUCGGAAACAGUGGCAUGUCUUUGCUUCUUCCUUUUUCGCCCUGUGAGAUGCAGGUCCGGGGAGUCAGUAAGGAAGACGCUGGGACACCCAGAAGCCGGGAGAUGGGGUUGUUGUCAUUCAAGGAUGUGGCCAUAGAAUUCUCUCCAGAGGAGUGGGAAUGCCUAGACUCCCCUCAGCGAAUAUUGUACAGGACUGUGAUGUUAGAGAACCAUAGAAACCUGGUUUUUCUAGGACUUGCUGACUCUAAGUCAGACCUCAUCAUGCAUCUGGAGCAAAGGAAAGAGCCCUGGGAUGUGAAGAGACAUGACAUAUUAGCCAAACUUCCAGCUGUGACUUCUCAUUACACUGAAGACCUUUUGCUAGAGAAGAGCAUAGAAGACUCACUUGCAAAGGUGCCAGUGGGAAAAUAUGAUAAAUAUAGCCAUAAGAACAUAUGCUUACAAAAAUCUUGGGAAAGUGUGCAUGAGGCUGAAGACCAGAUAGAAUGCUCAGUUGUAAAUAACCAUUACAAAUGUAACAAGAGUGGGAAAGUCUUUCAUCAACACUCCAAAUUUGUUAUCCACCAGAGUAUCCAUAUUUCUGAAAUGGCUUUCAAACAUGAAUAUAGCAAAACAUUUAACUGGUCCUCAAAAUGUAGUCAACAUCAAAUGAAUAGUGGAGGAAAUAUACACAAUGUAUGUGGGAAAGUAUUUAAGAAAUCAUCCUAUUUAAAUAAACAUGAAAAAAUCCAUAGGGGAGAGAGAGUCUCCAAAAGUGAAAAACAUGACAAAGCCCUUAGCUAUUACUCAUGUCAUUCACAACACCAGAAAAUUCAUUGUGGAGAGAAACUCUAUAAAUGUGAAGAAUGUGAUAAAGCCUUUACUUGGUAUCCACAUCUUAGUCACCAUCAGAGAAUCCAUACUGCACAUAAACCCAACCAAUAUCAAAUAUGUGACAAAUCCUUUCAUCAGUACUCAAAUGAUAAUCAACAUCAAAGAUACCAUACUGGAGAGAAACCCUGCAAAUGUGAAGAAUGUGGCAAAGCCUUUCACUCUCAAGGAGAAUUUGCUGGACAUAAGACCAUUCAUACUGGAGAGAAACCCUAUAAAUGUGCAGAAUGUGGCAAAGCCUUUCACUCUCAUUCACAUCUUACUCGACAUACGGUGAUCCAUACUGGUAAGACACCCUACAAAUGUGAAGAAUGUGGCAAAGCCUUUCACUGUCGUUCAAACCUUGCUCAACAUAUGAUGAUCCAUACUGGAGAGAAACCCUACAUAUGUGAAGAAUGUGGCAGAGCCUUUCGCACUCGUUCAAACCUUACUCGACAUAUGGUGAUCCAUACAGGAGAGAAACCCUACAAAUGUGAAGAAUGUGGCAAAACCUUUCACUCUCGUUCAAAACUUUCUAGACAUACAGUGAUCCAUAAUGAAAGGAAACCUUAUAAAUGUGAAGAAUGUGGCAAAACCUUUCACACUCAUUCAAAACUUACUUACCAUAUGGUGAUCCAUACUGGAGGGGAAACCCUACAAAUGUGAAGAA